CCAUCGUUUCUAUCACACGCCAUCAACUACCAAACCAUGACCAUCCUCAAGCUCGCCAAUUCCGUCAGCAAGAGCAAGGCCAUCGGUGUGUCCUUUGUCGCCGCCACCGCGACCACAACCGUUCUCUUCUCGGUCCUUCAAAGCAAAGAGCUCUACAUGCGAGUGCAUCCGCACGCCCGCCGGGGAGAAAAGAACUUGCCGGUAACCGCCUCGACCACCGGACAGAGUCUCCUUUAGGGGCUUGAUUCUGGCUGCUGCUUCCCUCACCGAUCGCUGGGGGGAAGGCCGUUGUUGCAGCGAACGGGUGUUGCCACGGCGGUGCCACCUUCGACGGCAUCGGUUAUCACGCCCAAGGUCCGGACAAUGA